ACCUGUGGCUUGAUCUGGUUCAGAAACUUCUCAUUUCCAAGGCGACUAUUUUCUUCAUAUCUUGCGAGUAUUUUAAACUACACUUUCUUUUUUUUUUUCUUCCAAGCGAGCCAUUUCCCCACCGUUUUAAGCUUCUACCAUGUUUGCCUGAUCCCUACGUCACUCGUUAUACUUCAAAUACUGCUUGACCAACAGCAUGGUCUCCCUGUGGCCCUGGAGGGGCGAAAAUAAUUCUCCUGCUUCCUUCGAGAAAACAUUAUCUAGCCUCUCCGGAAAGGUGUCAAACACAUCAGCCCGUUUAGAUUCUCUUCGUCAACGCUCUCGGCGAGACAAGGUCUUAUGGACCCUCUAUACAUUAUUUGCCUAUAUACUUUCUUCGAUCAUCUUGGUUUUUGUCAUAGGAUGGGACAGGUGGGGCCCCUCCGGGUAUACAGCGGUUGCUGGAGGUCCGGUUAUCAUAUAUUUAGGGAGAUUGCUUCUGACGACUUAUUAUGAGUACCGAAUCUCCCGGGUGCAGGCAAGUUUAGAUGCACUCGAGAAGCAACGGGAUACGACAAUUGAAAAGCUCAAAGCUGCAACGAAAUACAAUACGACACAGCAACUGCUAGAAAAGUAUGGAAGCCCUCCGGCUCGGUCUUCCAAACCUCCUGCUGGCCCGGAGGGCCCCAAAAAGCGACGAGGAAAGGGGGCAGCAGAGACGCCGAACUCGCCAAAAGGAGGCAGAGUCGGGAUCGUCCCGCCACCGACUGCAAAUAUUCCGCGAAAUAACGCCGGGCAGCCGACACCAAUCACCCCUCAGCGCCCUCUGCCUGAUACUAAAAGCCCACCGAUGACAAAUGCAUCUGAUGCCUCUUUUAAUUUGUCCUCCUCAGCCAUGGGAGCCUCAUUCCGUGACAUACGUCCAGGGGCACCAGAAUUUGCGCCGAAUGCGUUUCCAACAUCAGCACAAGAUGCUUCUGCCCUGUCCUUGGGCGGCCCGAAAUGGUACGAUCGCAUACUUGAUUUGCUGCUCGGCGAAGAUGAGACGCAGCCGAAAAACCGCCUAGCGCUGGUUUGCCGGCAUUGCAAGUUGGUGAAUGGCCUUGCUCCACCGGGUGCAAAACGUCAAGAAGAUGUUGGCAUGUGGAAGUGCAGCAACUGUGGUGGAAAGAAUUGGGAAGAAAGCGAAGCCAAAAAGAUUGUUGCAGCGGCCGAAGAGGAGGCAAAAGAGGCGAUGGUAGAGCGGCAGCCUUCUGUGGGAGAAACGCUCAAAAGCGGUGAUGAGGAUAGUCAAAGCGACACUCCUGCGAGCCCAUCUGGAUCUGUCGACGAUCCAAGUGAGAGCGAAGACAUCAAAGUGGCCUCUGAGGAGGAACUGGAGGCGCCGAAAACCCAAACUAAAAAGGGCAGGUCUAAGGUUACAUACAAAAGGGGCAAAUAGCAUUUACGGUAUCUGCAUACACCAUAUUCGUCUCCACCUUGCAUUGACUUUUUUGAAUUCCCUUGAAAGCGUUUCUGCAUUAAUGAGCGCUCUGAUUUGAUCACUAGCUGCUCUACAGGAAUAAAUGGACGUGCUCAUGAGUUAUUGACCGCAUGGAUAUCGAACUUUGACAUGUGAAGCAAAAAGGCGGAGAAUGACAUCCUGGCUUUGAUACACGUACGCGAUGAACGUCUUGGCGGCAAAUCUACCUACUUCGACCUUAACGACGGCUAUGAUGCUACUGAUACUGUGAUAGUCAUUCACUCCUCUGACCAGACUUGGAAAGUGGUUUUUACGGCAGCU